AUGUCCAAUACGGUUAUUUUAAUUAAAAAUACUAAAAAAAGAUUUGAAAUAAAUUUAAAAAAAGAGCAACAUAUUAGAGACUAUGUUCAUCAUAUCACACAGACCCAAUCAUUGCCUCCUUACUAUUCUAUCUCACUUUUGUCGCUCAUUUCAUCUGCUUUAUUAGAAAUUAAUCAAAUAGAACAUCCAGUUGACAAGAAUAAAAAGAAGUCAUUCUUGAAUGCAUAUCAAUCCACUACGUUAGCUUAUAAUAAUAAACCAGAAGAGGAUGUCUUUCCUAGAGCUUAUCAUACUCUUGUUCAUUGUCCUGUACCCAACCUGUUUGAUACUUUACUAGAAUUAGAAUCAAGUUAUACCUUGGCUAUUCAGGAACUAUAUGUAUCAAGGGAUCAUGAAUUGACUAAUAUCAAAGCAAGGCAGGUACACGCAAAGGAAAUAGAAUCUUCUUCAGCCAACAUGACAAGUUUAUUCACACGACAUGUAGAAGAAAUGGAAUUGUUUGAAGCUACUUGGCAAUCAGAUAUUCUUCAAUUACAACAAACACAACGUCAGGAAUAUAGAGAAUUUGUCAUUGAGUUAUACCGCGAAUACCAAAACAGGUCAGAGGAAAAGCCGGAUGGAAAGGAAAUGGUGGAAGCAGCUGCUAGUCGUGUCAAGGCUUGGGAUCAUCCAGACACAGGUUCCCUUCAUUCUUCUUCUUCUUCUAAACGAAGAGCCAGCUCAAUUCUGAGUAAUGGUGAAUACACAGAGGGCGUAAAGAGUAUUCAAGAAAUGGGAUUUGCUAAAGACCAAGCUGAGACAGCACUAAUGCUCUCAAAUCAAUCAGUCGAGGCUGCCAUCGCCCUCUUACUCGAGAACCGUGCCAAGGUGGACGCUCACAUUCCCCUGCGUCGUUCUAUUCAGACAACAAGGUCCAGGAGUAACAGCUCGAUCGAAAACAAACGUCACUCCCUUCAACGUGCCUCAUCUUUGGGUAACACCAACAAAACCGGAAAAAGCUGGAACCCUAUUUCAUUCCUGCAGCAACAGAAACAUGCCAUGGAGAACACUCACUUGAGCUCCGUUCGAAAGUUAGGUGGCUGGUUAGGUAAGGCCAUGGAAAAUUUGGGGAUUGAGGAAGAUAAGCCGAAACCUGCGCCCCCUUUGGCUGAAUCAUUCACUAUCAUGAUGGGAACUGCUCAGGUGAAAUCGACGCACAAUUUACGUCUCCUUGUCACCGAUCAAGUGAUACCCUGUGAUCCUCUCCGAGACGUGGCUUAUCGUGCUGAAACAGCAACUAAACUCUAUACAAGUCAUCUGAGUGCAACCGUUGUCUUGGUCGAUUUGAACGACCUCCGUCGUCAGGAUCAGCCGGCAGGUUAUGGUUGGAGGCAGUACAAGGCAGGCAAGGCAGGGAACCAAUCACUCUUUGAGCGGUGUCAGCAAUCGACAGAGUUUCACUUUGCUGAUAUAGAAACCCAAUUAUCCGUCAUUCAACAGGACUUUGAAUGUCAUCCUGAAGGGUUACAGGAAGGUUCCUUUUUUGUCACAAAACAUUCUAAUUUACCCAAUAUUCAAGUCGUAUUUCACUUGGUCAUUGAUAGCACAAGUAUCAGUACUCUUGAUGUAUCCAAUAGACAUUCUCUCAUUCUUGGAUUACGCAGUAUUCUAAAAUUGACAAGUCAGUAUGAUAUUUCCUCCUUAUCCAUUCCGCUCUCACUGUUACCAGACAAGUUUUUGGUGCAACCUGAACAGAUCCCCAAUUAUCAGCUUUGGUUACAAAAACGAGGUGAAGUGGUCAUGAAAUGCAUCAAGGGUUACUUGAUUGAACACUCCCAGAGUGGUAAGCGUGUACUACAAGAAGAAAACAAUCUGGGCUUGAGAACGAUCGAAUUUAUCCUGCCUCCCAUUUCAAAUCACAUGGAUGAUGUAAGUCAACAGGAUGUUCUUUUUCAACAAUUCAGAAAUUUACUCGUCAAUCUAUUUCGUACGAGUUAA